CAGGGAUCGUACCGGGGCCGAGGCCGUUUCCUCGAAGGACUCCCGGGGGAGCUCGGCCCCGUCCCGGGGCUUUCCUGCCCCGCCCGGCUCGAAGCCGCUGUGCCGGGGAUGGGACGCUGACGCCGCUCUGGGAUGGGAGCCCGCAGCCCUCAGCCCGAUGUGGGCACCGCGGUGUGUGUGGCUGCGAGUCCCGGCCCUUCUGCCCUCCGCCACGGACGCGGCCGGGGCCGGGCCGGGCUCCGUCCUUCCCUUCCAGCCGGUGGGGCCCACGGGCGGGGGCCGGGACUGCGUGCUGACCACGCAGUGCGGCGAGGGAUGGGGAUCCUGCCCAGCCGGGAGAAGCCGCUCAGCGCCGCACCGUUGGCCGCCAUCCCCGCGCCGUCCCCACUGCCCACACAGGCAGCCCCGGGCGGAUUCCAGGCGCUCGCCCUGUGUGAUUUCCCCUCCGGGACGGGCGCGACCGCUGUGCUGAGAAUGGGCGAGCAGCUCCGCGUCCUCUCUGAGGAUGGGGAGUGGUGGCUGGUGGCAUCCCAGGUGUCCGGCAAGGAGUGCCUCAUCCCCAGCAGCUGCGUGGCCAAAGUGCGGCACAGCCCACGGGCAUUUCCGCGGGGCCGCCUGUCCCUGUCUCUGUCCCCAUCCCUGGGACAGAAGGUGCAUCAGCUCUGCCACUCCCUGCUGCCGUGCAGGUGGCUGUACGAGGGCGUGAGUCGGGAGAAAGCGGAGGAGCUGCUGCUGCUGCCGGGCAACCACAGCGGAGCCUUCCUGAUCCGUGAGAGCCAGACCCGGAGAGGCGGUUUCUCACUGUCGGUGCGGCGCACUGAGCUCGCCUCAUGGGAUGCAGUCACACAUUACCGCAUUCACUGCCUGGAGAACGGCUGGCUCUACAUCUCGCCCCGCCUCACCUUCCCCAGCCUGCACGACCUCGUGGACCACUACAGCGAGUGUGGGGAGGGUCUGUGCUGCACCCUCAGGGAGCCCUGUGUCACGGAGACGGCAAAGGCAGCGCCUGCCCUCGUCCGGCCCGCCGUAGUGAAGAAGCCAACGCUCAACUGGGACAAGAUUGACAGCUCCAUCCUGCUCUCAGAGGCUGUGCCACCUCCGGGGGAGGGAGAGGAGGACUCCCCCAUCAGCCUGGGCCUGCGGGAAGCCAUCAGCUCCUACCUGCUGCUGACCGAUGGCGUGGAUACAGAGACCGGCCCUGUGGGGAAGGGGGCAAAGACCAGCUGAGGCCGCAGCCGCCACAGCCCCGGGAUGGGCACCCACACCUGCCCCACCGUGGGCUGCUGGGCCCUGAGCAGCACUCAGAGGGCAUUACAGAGGCUGCAGCCCUGCAGUGAGGGCACACGGCUGGCGGUAGCCACGCUGACAGUGGUGCAGUUUCUGCAGGAGCUGGGACAGAGCCCAGGGCUGGGGCUGAGCCCACGCAGAGGCACGGCCCCACAAGCUCCCACAAGCACACGUGGGGCUCCGUGCAGCACAGAACCUGGGCCCCCAGAGCCCCUCAACAUGACUGGAGCAGCCCUGCCCCACAGCAGAGGGAGGAAGCCACCCUUACCUCACCCCACAGACACGUUCAAAGCUUUACCUCACCCAUUAAACAGGAUCACGCAGGGCACACAGCA